CGAUAACCUUUGACCUUUGAUAAUCUGAGACAAGAUGGCGGCUUCCAUGGUUCUGAAAUUUAUCGUGUGGGCUUGAGUGAAUUUCAUCGUAAUUUUUUGGUCUCCUUGUCCAUGACAUCAUGGCAACCAUCAAGUUUCUGCGCAGUGCCAUCUAUCAUCUGUCAGCCAGCAGAUUGCCUGCCACGAGGACGGUUCUACAACAGUCGGCACUCCAGACUAAAAUCAUCGUGGGCCCAGCCUGUCACAGUGCACAGAUACACACAUGCCAGCAGAGACGUGCUGAAAUAGGCCGAGGGAACAUCCAUCCCAGCAAACUGGAGAAGAGUUCACUCGCCAUCUCCAAAACUCUCUUUGAAGAGGCCACCCUUGCAGAAGUCAACAAAGAAACUUUCAGGAAGGUUGUCAAGACAUUUACAGAGUACGACAAGCGUCGCCGUGGGCACAUCCAGUUCAUUGAGACAGCCCUGCGCUACAUGAAAGACUUCCGAGUGGAGAAAGACGUCGAUGCCUACAAUGCCUUGCUGGACGUCUUUCCCAAGGGGAAGUACGUCCCAGAGAAUGUGAUCCAGUCCAUAUACAAUCACUUCCCUGAGCAGCAGAUAUGUGCAAUCAAGGUGCUACAGAUGAUGGAAGAUAAUACUGUGCUGCCCAACAAUGAAACCAAAGAUAUCCUCAUCUCAGUCUUCGGCAAGCGGGCCCACCCAGUCAAGAAGUACCAGCGCCUGAUGUACUGGUUCCCCAAGUUCCGCAACAUCAACCCCUUCCCACUGCCCAAGGAGCUCCCCACAGAACCCACAAAGUUGUCUGAGAUUGGUCUGAAGCGAAUAGCAGAGUAUGAAGCUGAGUUGAAAGUGUACUAUUUAAACGGAACCACGGCUGAGUCAGAGAAUGCCGAGUUCAUCGCUAACGCCCAGAGUCCCGAGCAACGCGAGCUACUGGCUGAGCAUCCCCCUGUCAGACCGCUCUAUGUAGAGGGCGCUUUCCAUCUCUGGCUACGCAGUUCCAAACUGACCUAUUUUGUACUCAGAGGUGACCCGUUUGCUUUGGGCGACGAAGGGGCAUCAGAUCAAGAUGUACCGCAGACGCACGCCGAGGGUCCAGUAUUCGCCAUGUGCAUGACCAACAGUAACAGUCAGGAAACACUGCAAUCCUGGAUUAAGAACCUGCAGGAGGAUAAUCCCCACCUAGCAAGGAUACCGGUCAUCUUUAAUCUCUUUAAUCUCGGGGAAUCAAGAACAGAGCCAGUGCGGAGUUUACCGACAGAGACACAGCUGAUUGGAGACUCAUGAUAUUUAUGCCUCAAUUAGCCAAAAUCAAAAUCUAGGUUUUAAUUCUUGACUGAAUUUAAAAUCAAUCUUAUUGAAUCGUUUUUUAUUAAAUCUAGGUCAUUUUUUUUAAUCUACCAAAAUUUUCCUGCAGAUAGACAAGGAGUUAAAAAAAAAAACCUAAAAAAUAUGGAAAACCUUACUUCUUGUCAGUUUAAAGAUUAAAUAGCCACCAAAAUGACAAGCCUUGCUACACCUCCUGUUUUACAUCACAAGGUUUUAGUUUAAAGAUUUGCAGCAAUAAAAUCUGCUUAUAUAUACUGCACUGUAUCUUCAAAGCCAUUUCACCUAUGGCCUGGCACCCUUAACUAAAACUGGAGGCACCUACACGUUGAUAAAAACGCUGUACGAAACCUGCAAAGGAUUGUGGAUGAACAAAAUCUUAACAGACAGAACUCCAAAUUUUCUUAAACUUUUCAUUCUUUGCAUCCAGAUCGCCCAAUCGGGGAAUUUUAAAUUUGAGCCUUUUACUGAUUUAAGCCAAAACUACUUUAAAAUUUGGUUCAGCUCGAUUGCAACAUGGAAGAGCGGUACGUUCGGUGUAGUGUUUUAAACCCAUAAAUACUAACGUGUAAAUAACAUUGACAAUAAAAUGGUGAAAAUGUGUCAAUUUGGUA